GAGAACCAGGAAACUAGCAGUGACAUCACUUUCCAGAAUUUCCCCUCCAGUAGAGUCUCGGCGACGAAGAGCGAAAGACUGAAGUAAAGGAGUGUGUCGUAUUUCUGAGAUUCCCGGGUGUUUAAUCUGAUAAUAUAACCAAGACUUUAAAGGAUGUCCCUGUAUCCAUCCCUCGAGGACCUUAAAGUCGACAAGGUCAUCAAGGCCCAGGCCCACUUUGCCCAGACUACUGCCCCGAUGCCAGCCAUCACCGAGGGAGCAUACCAGCCUCACUCUGCUAUUGCUGGGAUGCCGUCAUCAACCUUGUACCCAAAUCUGGAGGAGCUGGGAGACUACAUGGGCCUGGCCCUCAACAGUGAUGAAGUCCAGAGGAACCUGGCUCUGUUGCCCGUGGCUGACAAUCAAGUGGCACUGCCCUCCAGCUCAGGUGUCAUGGGAAUGGUGCGGCCAGUGACUGGGGCAGACGUCGGCAUCAGGAGGGCAGAGAUCCAACAAGGGCUGCGGGAGGUUAUUCUCUGUAAGGACCAGGAUGGGAAAGUAGGGCUUCGGCUCAGGGCCAUCGACAACGGAGUGUUUGUGCAGCUGGUGCAGGCAAACUCCCCUGCGGCCCUGGCUGGGCUGCGUUUCGGGGACCAGGUCCUUCAGAUUAAUGGGCAAAACUGUGCUGGCUGGAGUGUAGACAAGGCCCACAAGGCCCUGAAGGUUGCAUCUGAGACCCGCAUUGAGCUUGUGGUCAGAGACAGGCCAUUUCAGCGCACCAUCACCAUGCAUAAAGACAGCGCAGGCCACGUGGGCUUCAUCUACAAGUCUGGUAAAAUCACCUCACUGGUCAAGGAUGGUUCUGCUGCUCGGAACGGCAUGCUGACUGAACAUUACAUCUGUGAAAUCAAUGGACAAAACGUCAUUGGACUCAAGGAUUCUCAGAUCAAGGACAUUCUGACGACCUCUCCCACCACCAUGACCAUCACCAUCAUGCCCAAGUUCGUCUAUGAGCACAUGAUUAAGAGGAUGUCUGCUGGUCUCCUGCGGUCAGCCAUGGAUCACUCUGUGCCAGAGGUGUGAACAUCAGGAAGAUGACUAUAAACUGGCAGGAUGUCUUCUAUACAGAUCUCUCUCUCUCUUUCUUUCUCUCUUUCUGUCAUCAUCCCAGACCACCCUGCAUCACAAUCAGCAUCAAAAUAUUUCAUAUUUAAUCUUAAAAUUCCUUUUUUUCUACUCUUCAGUUCAGUAUAUUCUUUUCCACAUUUUCUUGAACUCUGACAUUAGUACUUUUAUGUUAACCGUGUAGCAUUAUGUUUUUUCUUUUGUAUUUCAUUGUUAAAUCAAUAAGACUACAUGUUUUUAAGCCAUGCAUGCGAUCAGGAGUCCAGAGCUUCCUCCUCACUUUGGAGAUAAAUCAUUGGCAUGUGAUGUUCACCCUGUUCAUAUGCUGUAAAAGCCAGUGGUUUGUCCUCAGAGCCCUACAGUACCAUGUAGAUUACAGCUGCACUCCAAGUCCCUGCACUAGGCCCCUAAUGUGUGAAUUUAAAGAAAAAUUCAAGCUGAAUUAAAACCUAGGGCCUCAUGUGAAAAAGUUUACAGACUGUUCACAAUAUCAGUCUAUAGUCAUUUCUACUUGGCAAGUAAAGCUAAUAGGGUAAGGAGUUAGUUUUUGUUAAUACCAUAUAUAGAUUUGCAUUUUUUAGUUUUUUUAACACUCACCAUUUCAGUUCCUAAAAUCUAACAAGGGACUGUGUAGCAGUUUCCAGAUUUUUCAAGAGAUGGUUUCCCUGCUAACAAAUGUCAUGGUGAGUGUGUUGAAUCUGAGGGUACAGCAACACUGUGCACAUUACAGGGGAGAGCGUGGGGAACGGGGCAGCGGCAGCAGAUGUUUGUUGCACCAUGCAGCUCAGAUGUGGUCCUGUCCACAAAUACUCUGAGGUGGCGAAAGGCACAAAUAGUCAAGUUCUUAGCUCUGUGUGUGAACGCAUCUGAUAUGGCCUUGUGCAGGCAGAUGUUUGGACAGGGUCUUUGCUGGGCAGACCCAAUAAGUGCACUUUCCACUACAUUUUAAGAGGCUGUCUUUCCUGUAUCCGUUUCAACAGUUAGGUCUGUGCUUUUUUUUAAAUUGUGUUUGUGGCACCUCAUGUUAACUGGUAAACUGCUCAAAUUUGAUGCUGAAAAUGAUCUGCUCAGAUUGAAAGCAUUUAAAAUCCACAUCAUGGAUUCAUCCAGUCACCCUGCUCUCCUCCCUCUGUACUAUUCCUUCCCUGACUGAUGAGCACACAGAGUGAGCAGAGCUCACAGUUGUGAAUUUCUACUUGUUAUAUAGUCGCCUUUUAAUGCUGUUCAUGUUUGGAUGCAUGCAUUCCUUUAAUUUUCUAAGUAUGCAAUCUGAUAAACAUCACUGUUCUGUAAAAAAAAAUGCUAGAAACAUCUUAAAGUUUAUAUACAGAUGUAACCAAGAUAAUGUAAAAAAAAAAAAAUUAAUAAAGUCUGUUCACAUUA